UCUCUACUCCUUUUGGGCACUCACGACUAGACCCUCGACUGUCCUGUCAAACACCUAUAAUAGAUGACCAGCGAAUGACUUCUCCUCCCCAAGAAAAUGGCCACCAGCCCACUGCGCGAACUCCUCUCUUACGGUCAGAGGACCGCCGAGGAACUGCGCCAGCCAUUGAUGAAGACGAUGGGGAAGCAAUAGAAGUAAUUGGGUGUGGUGCUCUUGAACAAGGUCAACCUCAUUCACUCGGACAAAGACGGAGCUAUGCUCACAGUCAUUGGCUUGCCCCGGAUGAGGACGAAGGAGGCCAAGACGAGUCACAAAGCGUAGAACACUUUCAAUUGAACGGCUUGCUUGGUGGCAUCUCAAGAACACAAUUCCGAUUCAUAUUUGGAGGUAUUGUGCUAGGGUAUUUUAUAGCGUUGUUUGACUCUACUUUAAUGGCGUCUAGUCAUCCAGUAAUCACGUCCUACUUCAAUGCUUCAAACUCUGCAUCAUGGCUAUCUACUUCCUUCCUUCUUACAUCCACCUCCCUCCAGCCACUCCUCGGUAGGGUAUCGGAUACAAUCGGUCGGCGCCCGAUAUACCUCGCAGGCCUUUUGUUCCUAGCAACUACCACCGCUUGGUGUGCUCUUGCCCAAAGUAUUGGAAGCUUCAUUGCUGCUCGCGCAUUUUGUGGCAUUGGAGCCGCGGGUGUCCUUGCAAUGGGCGGAAUUAUGACCAAUGACCUUGUCAGUAUCGAAGUAAGAGGCACCUACCAGGCUUACAUCAACCUUUUCUAUGGAGGAGGAUCUGCCGCCGGUGCUGCAUUCGGCGGAUUUCUAUGCGACAAGAUAGGGUGGCGGUGGACCUUUGGUAUUCAGAUCCCUAUUUUGCUUGUCAUCUUUGUAAACGCAGUCUUCACCACCCCACCGAUGCUUGGGCCGCAACUUGCAAAUCGGUCUGGGGAAGGAAUCGUGGAUACGAUCAGAGGGUUUGAUGUUGCCGGCUCGAUUCUUCUGACAGGGUCGGUAGCGUUCAUGAUCCUCGGUCUGAAUUUGGGUGGCAACGUUUUUCCCUGGAACCAUCCGCUUGUCGUAACAUCUCUUGCGGUCGCUGCCGUUGCUGGAGUUAUUCUUGUUCGCGUGGAAGCUAAAGCUAAGAGGCCCGUCAUGCCUAUGGCGAUGCUAUCAAGCAAGCCGCGUGGCAACUUAGUGUUCAAUAACUUCUUUGCCCAGUUGGGUAUUAACACGAUCAUUUUCAACGCACCGCUAUACUUCCAGGCUGUCAAGCUAGAGUCGCCAUCUACUUCUGGAUUUCGACUUGCUGGCCCAUCGAUAGCCCUGACAGUCUGUGGUGUUUCUGCUGGAUUCAUAAUGACGGCGACGGGACGCAUGAAAUGGCUUAUUAUCACUGGAUCUCUAUCUAUGCUGUUAGGAGCAAUUUGUCUUUCCGCCAUGUGGGAUACUAUUCCGGCAUGGUUGGCAACCAUUUUCCUCGCGCCCGCGAGCAUCGGCCAGGGACUCUCCUUUCCUGCAACAUCCCUUGCAGUUCUAGCAACCAGCACUCAGGAAGACCAGGCUGUCAUGACAAGCACCUUGACUCUAUGGAGGAGUCUAGGAACGGUGAUGGGUGUCUCAUUCAGCAGUCUAAUCCUGCAAAACGCCUUGACAGCAUACCUCAAUAAAUUUGUCGCCGGUGAACAUAAAGACGAGAUAAUCCUUCGGGUACGAAAGUCUGUCCACGCAAUUCGCGAUCUCGACCCAAUACAUCAGAGCCAAGUCAUCGAUGCAUAUGCACGCAGUCUAAAUGUUACAUUUAUCUCAGCUAUUGCAGUAUUUGUCAUAGUCAAUGCUCUAGUGGUAGCAGUCAGUUUGCCCAAUCUUCGACGCAAACAACAACCAAACUCAGAUGAUUCAGAGGACUCUUCUGAGUCUUCCUAAUGGAGACGAAUGCUACCACCGGAUUUCGGGACAUGUGCGCCCGUAUCUGGAAAUCAAAUCAAAAGUAUUGGCUUGCGAGGUGGAUACGGUAGUACUCGCGAUAACUAUUUCGGCUUUACCUGUCCCAAGGCUGAAUCACUUGUAGUUCCAUCUAGAGCAUUGAGCAUUGCUUGAUGCGGAUGUCGGACCGUCUACUAUCCGUGUCACGGCACUGUCCGGAAUGCUAGGCUGUGUAAGAUCGAGAUAUGGGGACGAUGGGGAGACCAGUGCACCGAAGCAUGAUAUUUCUCGUCGCAAGGCUAACUUGUCAGAAUGUUUCAAUGCCAACUGGAAUCUAUCGUCGGAAAGUAGAGUGGCCGAAAAAGGAAACAAGGCUCCACAUUAUACAAUUAUCAAGUUGUCGAAUUUCGUAUCUAGUAUCUUGUAGUGC